AUGGCGACGCAAUUGCAAUGGCUCAUAGCCGGACUAGCCCUAGCAUCCGCAGCCUUCUGGUACGACUUCAAGAGCUGGCAGCGCUUCGGAACAGGCGGCACACCCCCCACCCUCCGCGGCUAUCUCAAAAUCCGACGCUGGGGCCUCUACCUCUCUCUCUUCCAGCGGCAAAACCUGUUCGACGCCUCUCCCAUCCCCAACACCGGCCCCUCCUACCUCUCCCCCAGCACUCUCCCCCCGCGCCCAGGCCCCCGUCCCGCCACCACGCGCUGGACACUGCCGCAGCGCCAACACCGCACGCCCAUCACCCCGGGCGCCUCCGCCCUGCUCGCCUCUCUCAUGCACGACGUCGCCGCCUCCCCCGCCUACGCGCCGUACAUCAGCACCGGCCCCAGCAAAACCGAGGGCGGCACGGGCGCGGCGAUCUACGUCAAGCCAGACGUGGAGGGGAUGAAUCCGGAUGCGGGGAAGAUUUUUUAUGAGGUCGCGCAUGUGCAUCCGAGUGAUAGCUCGCUGCAUGUUUAUCUGGCUCCAAGGGAUGCACGGUUGGUGGUGCAGAGCGGGUGGGGGGUUAGGUUUCCGGUGCCGUGGUUGGCGCCGAGCAGCUGGGUGAUGGUUUGGGCGCCGAGGGAUGAGGGGGAGGUGGGGGUUGUGAGGGGGAUUGUUGGGGCGGGGGUGAGUUUUGCGGUGGGGAGGGGGGUUAGUGAGUGA